AUGGCCUGGAGGCCAAUUGCGGAGCCUCUGCAGGUCCGGGGGAGUUCAGGGCUUGCCUCAGGGAGGCUGCAAGGCUUCGGAGGCCCAUUGCGGCCUACAGGCCCAUCGCGGAGCCUCCGCAAGCCCGGCAGAGCUGAGAGAGGUCUCCCUUUCCUUGGUUCUUCUGAACGACUUGGUGAUAGUCACAAUGGUAACUUUUUGGGUUUAGUUGAGCUCCUCAGUAAAUACGAUUCAUUAUUAGUGGAACAUGUUGCACAAGUACGAAAUGCACAGGAGAAUGGUGUAAGGCUCCAAGUACACUACCUAUCAAGUAGAAUUCAAAAUGAGUUUAUUGAAAUUUGUGGAUCAUUCGUCCAGAGGAGUAUCAUUCAAGAAGUACUAGAAGCUAAGUAUUUUGCGAUUGCUGUUGAUGCAACCCCUGAUUGCUCUCACCAAGAACAGUUAUCAUUCAUCAUCAGAUAUGUGAGGAGGGAAGCUAAAAGUUUUGUGAUUGAAGAGCGCUUUCUUGGUUUUCAUGAAUUUUCCAUAAAGACUGGAGAAGAAAUUGCCACUGAAAUAUUAGAAGUCUUAGAGAGGCUCAAUUUGAACUUUCAAGACUGUGUGGGUCAAGCAUAUGACAAUGGGUCUAACAUGGCUGGAAAGUAUGCAGGUGUACAGGCUAUCCUAAAAGGAAAGAAUGGGAACUGUAUUUUCUCCAGUUGUGCCAAUCAUACUCUGAAUCUCGUUGGUACCAAUUGCGCUGAAGCCUGUAACGAAGCUAUUACCUUCUUUGGAACCAUUCAGAAAAUGUUCAAUGUCUUCAGUGCAAGCCCUUCACGUUGGGAGGUACUGAAGAAAAAUGUUCCUGCCUCACUUCAUGCAGUCUCGAAAACGAGAUGGUCAGCAAGAAUUGAUAGUGUAAAACCAAUUGCAAACCAUUUUGAUGGUAUUCGAACUGCAGUAUCUGAGAUCAGUGAAUUUAAAAAUUUAACUGCAGAAUGUAAAGCUGAUGUUCGGGGAAUAAAAAAAUACUUGAACACUUUUGAAUGUGUUGUAAUGUCAAGUAUUUGGAUCAAACUCCUCACAAUGAUACAUGAGAUAAACUUGGUAAUAGAAUCACGCAAUGCCACAUUGGAUGUUGAAAGGGGCAACAUAGAUCAACUGCGUACAGACAUUUCGAAUUUUAGAGAGAAAUGGAAUAACAUACUUCAAGAAUGUCGACAUGUAUCAGUCAAACUAGGUGUUUCAGAUACUUUUAUUACUCGCAGGGGAUGUCUAACUCAAGAGGAUGCUGAAAAAGACUUCAGAGUGAAUGUAUUCUUCAAAAUAAUUGACUUAGUUAUUGUUGGACUGACACGGCGAUUUUCUGCUGUUAGGGAAAUAUGUGAACUUUUCGAUUUUUUGUGGAAGUUCCAACACUUCAAUGAGGACGAACUGAUACAAAAAUGCACUCGGUUUCACUUGCGAUACUCAAAACAUAUUUCCCGUGAUGAAAUUCAGAGUGAAGUGCUCCUCCUUAAGCGGAUUUUCGAUACAAAUUUCAAACUUAUUUCUCCGUCACCGAAAGAAAUUGCCGAUCAAUUACUAAACUUGAAUUUGGAAAACGUUUUUCCAAACCUUCUAAUUGCAUUACGCAUUUUCCUAUCAUUACCAGCUACAGUGGCCUCCAAUGAGAGAAGUUUCAAUAUAUUAAAACGGAUUAAGUCUUUCUUUCGAUCAACAAUGGCUCAAGAACGCCUAAAUGGUUUAGCAAUGAUAAACAUAAACCAUGAUAAGGCGAAGUUGCUAGAUUUUUCCUGCAUAAUUCAAGAAUUCGCAGAAAAGAAAGCUAGGAAAGCAUUUUUAAAUGUAAAUACUUAAAACAAUCCUUUUCCCUAUGUAUUUUUAAAAAGCACUGUUUUUUUAUUCCAUCAUCCAA